AUGUCUCCUCACAAGGUCGAGGCCGAGGUCGAUGGCCUCAAAGUGAGGAUCGCCAUCGACAGAGGUGGCACUUUUACCGACUGCUUGGGCAUGGUUGAGGGGCGAGAUGAAGACAUCGUCGUCAAAUUGCUCUCCCAAGACCCCGGCAACUACGCAGAUGCUCCCAUCGAGGGCAUCCGACGGAUCUUGGAAAAGGCCACCGGCAGGACGAUUCCAAGAAACCACAAACUCGAUACUGCCGAAUUCGCCAAUUUCUCGGUGCGAAUGGGCACGACGGUUGCGACAAAUGCUCUUCUGGAACGAAAAGGAGAGCGUGUCGCUCUCUUGAUCACCAAGGGCUUCAAAGACGCUCUGGUCAUUGGUAACCAAUCUCGACCGAAACUGUUUGCUCUCAAUAUCGAGCGACCCGGUGUGCUCUUCGAGGACGUGGUCGAAGUCGACGAGCGCGUCACUAUUGAAGACUAUCAGCAAAACCCUACGCCUGACCCGCAGAAGCUGAACGCACUGCUAGAGACGGAUCCGGACCUGACCAAGGGUGUCAGCGGUGAGGUCGUCAGGAUAUUGACCAGGCUAGAUGAAGUCCAGGUCAAGAAGGACCUCCAGAUGCUCUUUGACAAGGGCUAUCGCUCCAUCGCGGUGUGCUUGACACAUUCAUAUACAUUUCAAGAACAUGAAUUGGCCAUCGAAAAGAUAGCCCAAGAAGUCGGCUUCCCUCAGAUCUCCUUGUCCAGCCAGCUUCUGCCUAUGAUCAAGAUGACGUCUCGAGGCACCUCGGCCACGGUCGACGCAUAUCUCACGCCCGUGAUCAAGCAGUACAUCCAAGGCUUCCGGUCCGGAUUCAAAGACGAGCUCAAAUCCGAUGAAACUCGAUGCGAGUUCAUGCAGAGUGAUGGCGGUCUGGUGAAUUUCGAAAAAUUCUCCGGGCUACGCGCUAUUCUAUCCGGUCCGGCAGGUGGUGUCGUAGGCCAUGCAAGAACCUCUUAUGACCCCGAAGAGCGAACCCCCGUGAUCGGCUUCGACAUGGGCGGGACCAGUACGGACGUGUCACGUUUCGACGGCACUUUCGACCAUACCUUUGAGAACACAACAGCGGGAGUAACAGUCAUGGCUCCCCAGCUCGAUAUCAACACCGUAGCAGCUGGCGGUGGAAGUAUCCUGUUCUGGCGCCACGGCUUGUUUGUCGUCGGACCCGAUAGUGCCGGCGCCCACCCUGGCCCAGCAUGUUAUCGAAAAGGCGGUCCCUUAACUGUGACAGAUGCCAACUUGUUCUUGGGUAGACUGUUGCCAGAAUACUUCCCCAAGAUCUUCGGCCCGAACGAGAACGAAGGCUUAGAUAUAGAGAUCACACGGCAGAAAUUCAACGUUCUAGCGACCCAGAUCAAUCAAGAAACAGGCCAGGCGAAAACCCCGGAGCAGAUCGCUCUAGGGUUUCUCGAGGUCGCCAAUGAGUCCAUGGCAAAACCGAUCAGAGCCCUCACUCAAGCACGAGGCUUUGACACGUCGGCACAUAACCUCGCUUGCUUUGGUGGCGCCGGAGGCCAGCACGCCUGUGCUAUAGCUUCCUCCCUGUCCAUCCAGACCGUCAUUAUUCACAGGUACUCGUCGAUUCUGUCGGCGUAUGGUAUGGCCUUGGCGGAUGUCGUGCAUGAAACGCAAGAACCGGCGUCCGGAGUCCUAGACGAAGCAGCCAUGCCGGCAGUCGAGGCUCGUAUCGCGGAACUCAAGAAGAAAGUCGACAAGGAAUUGACCAGCGACGGCAUCCCCCUCGACCAGAUCCAUCACGAAGUCUACCUCAACCUCAGAUAUCAAGGCACAGACAACUACCUGAUGAUCCUGGAGCCAGAGGAUGGCGACUACAAGGCUGCUUUCAUGAGAGACCAUCAGCGUGAAUUCACCUUCACGUUCACCAACCGCAACAUCUUGGUCGAAGACAUUCGAGUUCGCGGAGUCGGCAAGUCAGCAGCCACGCCAUCAGAGUCCCCUCACAAAGAAUUGAAGAGCCUCAAGACCUUCAACGUCGGCAGUCAGGCAAAGGAUGACACGGCAACAGUGUAUUUCAGCCAGACAGGACAUGUCGAGACUCCGGUGUUCUUUCUGGGUAAUCUGAAGCCCGGCAGCUUCAUCAACGGCCCGGCCAUGAUCAUCGACCAGACCCAAACCAUCGUCGUCGAGCCCGAGGCCACGGCAACGAUUCUGUCCAGACAUGUGAUCUUGACCGUAGCCUCGGCGAAGAAAGCCACAAGCACAACAACAGACAAGUCAGUAUCAGCGUCGCUGUCAGUCGAUCCAAUCCGCCUCUCGAUCUUCGGCCACCGCUUCAUGUCCGUGGCCGAGCAAAUGGGCCGAAUGUUCCAGAAAACCUCCGUGUCUACCAACAUCAAGGAGCGACUCGAUUUCUCGUGUGCCCUCUUCUCGCCUGACGGGAAGCUCGUCGCCAACGCGCCCCACGUCCCGGUCCAUCUCGGCUCGAUGGAAUACGCCGUGCGCUACCAACACGCGAAAUGGGCGUCCGAUCUCAAGCCAGGCGACCACAUUCUCACCAACCACCCUCUUGCCGGGGGCACCCAUUUACCAGAUAUCACGAUCAUCACGCCCGUGUGGGACGAGGCGGGCGAGAAGAUCAUCUUCUACGUCGCCUCACGCGGCCAUCAUGCCGAAAUCGGCGGGACCCGGCCGGGCUCGAUGCCCUCCGACAGCCGGAUGCUGUACGAAGAAGGCGCAAUGACGAUGGGCUUCAAAGUCGUCUCGGGCGGCCACUUCAACGAAUCGACCGUCCGACGGUUCUUGUACGACGAGCCAGCCAGUUAUCCGAACUGCAGCGGCACACGAACAUACAAUGACAACGUGUCUGACCUGAAGGCCGCCAUUGCCGCGAACCAGAAGGGUGCCCAGUUGAUCCGCGUCUUGAUUGAUGAAUAUACGCUGCCAGUCGUUCAUUUCUACAUGGACGCGAUCAAGUCCAACGCCGAGGUCGCGGUGCGGGAGUUCCUGAAAAAGGUCGGCCGAGAGUCCAAGGGCAAGCCACUCCGCUUUUCCGAUUAUAUGGACGACGGCACCGAGAUCAGGCUGGAGAUCAGGAUCGACGCGGAAACGGGGAACUCGGAAUUCGACUUCACAGGCACAGGAAGAGAGACGUUCAAUUGUCUGAAUGCGCCCAAAGCCAUUGCUCACUCGGCCAUCAUUUACUGCCUGCGCGCGCUGAUCGACGUCGACAUCCCACUUAACCAGGGCUGUUUGGAGCCGAUCAACGUCAUCAUCCCCGAGGGCACCCUGUUGAAUCCGUCAGGCCAUGCGGCCGUGUGUGCUGGCAACCCAACGACGUCGCAGCGGAUCACAGAUGUGAUUCUGGGAGCGUUUGGUGCCUGCGCGGCGUCCCAGGGCGAUUGCAACAUCAUCUCGUUCGGGAUGGGUGGCAAAGACGCCCAGGGGAAUGAAAUCCCCGGAUUCGGCGUGGGCGAGACGAUUUGCGGCGGUUCAGGCGCCGGGCCGUUCUGGCAUGGCACGUCGGGCGUCCAUGUCCACAUGACCAACACACGCAUCACGGAUCCCGAGGUCUACGAGAUUCGAUACCCCAUCAUCUUGCGCCAGUUCUCGAUUCGCCAGGGGUCUGGUGGGCGAGGCAUGUACAAUGGCGGCAACGGGGUGAUUCGGGAAAUCGAGUUCCGCAUCCCGCUGUCGGCGUCGAUGUUGAGUGAGCGUCGCGUCUACAGGCCUUAUGGGAUGGCUGGUGGUGAGCCCGGUGCGGCGGGCUUGAAUCUGUAUGUCAAGAAGGAGAUGGACGGAACGGAACGGAUCAUCAAUAUCGGCGGCAAGAUGGAGCUGAGUACCCUGCCGGGCGAACGCAUUCUCAUCCACACCCCUGGCGGUGGAGGCUGGGGGAGUCCCUCGGAUCCGCCGUCGCCGUCGGCCAGACCUGUCGUGCCUGAUAACUUGCGCUUCCAGCCGCGCGGGAGUGUCUAUACCUGGACCAUGGCUGCCGAGUCUGCGCAGUGA